UCUUCUGAUUGGCAGGUCCAGCCUUUUAGGAGAGACUAAUACCUACCUGCCUGAUGGAAUUAGCCAUGAAGAUCACCCAAUAGGCACAUUCUACACAAAGCCACCUUCUAAAUAUGGCCUUAACCCAGAGCUUCAGAGGAAUCUGAUGACCUGAUGAACAGCUUGAGAAGCACUGAAUUAGAUUAUUUGUCCAUCUGUAUUCUGGGAAACUGGAAGAUAGAGCUAAAAGUUAGGUCAAGUUGGAACAUUUUUGGCUAGGAUAUGUCAUAGAUGAUUUGUUAAUUUUAUAGGAUGCCCAGAAGAGCAAGAACUGAUGAAAAGAGAAGAAAACUGGGUGAAACCAAUUGGGAGUUCUUCCCAGGUUUGAUAAGAGGAGAAUAAUGGUCAUCUAAAUGGGAGAGUACUAGGAGGGAAAAAGAUGAAAAGAUUUUAAAGAAGACAGGCAAAACAAAGGCUUCACCAUUUUGCCUAGGUUGGACCUAGUGACCUUCAUUUGGUUGAGGGGAUCCAGAAAACAAUCAUGGACCUUGUAGAUGAGUUUAAAGAUGAUAUUUCUACCAUCCCACAAGUAUCACAGUCUAAUCAGAAAAGAGAAACCAUGAAAAAGCCAUCUAAAGCCAAAAUGGCCAUUGCUUUAGCCAAGAUCAACCGAGGAGCAUUAAUUCAAGGAUUGACCGGCAUAUCCAGAUCCUCCAAAUCAGUGGCCAAACUCCUGCAGCCUCGACUUGCUUGUAGACUUUUAGAGUUAAGGUGCAUAUCUCACCGCCUGCUGAGGGAAGUUAACGCACCAAAGCAACCCCUAUAUAACAUGCAGAUCAGAAAGGGUUCUUUGUUUGAUAUCAUUUCCUUUCCAGCAAAGACUGCUUUAACUAGCAUAAUGUAUGCUUCAUACGCAGCACUAAUUUAUUUGACAGUCUGUGUUAAUGCUGUUCUGGAGAAGGUAAAGAAAAUUUUCCAAGAAGAAGAAUCCAUAAGGCAAAACAGAGAGGAGAGCAAACAUCUUAGAAAAUCCUUUUCUGCGCCUGCACUUUCUGAGCCUAUGUUUCCCGACGGUGAAAUCAAAGUGAAAUCUUAUUGUUCAUUACUGGAUCAGUCUGACAAUAUUUCAGAUUUUCCUGAUAAUAUGCUGAGUAAUAAGAUCCAGGUUUUACAUUCUGUGUUUGACCAAUCAACUAAAAUAAAUGAAUGAGCAAAUCUGAACAUAAAUAUCACUGAACAGCUUAAGAAUUAUCUAUGUAAUAACAUUUCAUCUGACAAAACUAGGAAACUAGUUUUCAUAUACUGACUACUCUGCUUUUAAAAAGAAUGGGGAGGAACUAGUAAAAUGUCAUUCUCAAGUGUUUAUAUGGUAGAAAAAACAGAAUGAAUCGAUGCAGAAUAUGACUCUGAUUAUUUUUUAAUGAACAUGAAAAUUUACCCUUUGGGGGGUUAGACUUUAUGCUGUGCUUUAUAAUAUAGGAGUAUGUACUGUAUAAUACAUUUAUGUUUUUAUUAAA